GUGUGUUCACCCAGUGUCGUCCAGUCCACUCAGUAAGCAGGAGACAGAGCAAGAGAUGGACUCCAGUUCAGAGUGUCCAGGACAGGAGAUGAUCUCUGACCAUCAAACGCUCCCUUCACCUGUUCUUCCACAGCCCACUGACCAUACGCCAGAGCCCGAGCCUCCAGCUGGACCUGAGAGCAAUAGUGACCAAGACUCGGCAACUGUGGGACAGGCAGUGACGUCAGUGGAGCAGAUGGAUGGAGGCACUGAAGUAGGGGAGGCUCCCACUAAAGAGGUGGAUCAAAUGAAAGAGGAAGCAGAAGCUCACAUCAGCACUUCAGAAAGCGGUGAUCGACGGAGUGAACAAGAGGAGCGGAAAGAGCAGGAGGAGGAGAAGGAAGAGGUGGAAGAAGAGGAGGAUGGGCUGGGUGACCUACAGCCGGAGAACUGCACACAAAAUGUUCCAGCCACAGGUCAAAGAUCAGGCAGGAGCAACGGGAGGAGCAGGGGACGACGCUCCGGCAGCGGCCCCCCGACCUCUAAGUACAACACUGUGUGUUACAGAAAGAUCAAGAGCGGAAACACCAAGCAGAGGAUAGACGAGUUUGAGUCCAUGAUGAGUGUGUAGCAGGAAAUGUGACAAACGUCGUGAGGACACACACAUACACACCCAACCCCAACACCAGCCCUCCAACACAGACACAGAUACAGACCAGGGGGGAAACGUGACUAUUAGAGCUAGUCCUUCAGUUCCGCCCAUGAAUGUUGAAGUACUAGGACUUUGCUGGACGCUCCUUUUAUACCCAAGCAUGACCGCAUCACCUGGUUAUAAUGUUUUCUGAAUAAUUUGCAAUGUUCCUAGUCUUCAAUUGUCCCUGUCACAACUUUCUUGGAACAUUUGGCAAGCAUCAAUGUCGGAAUU